CCCAGUUUCUAAAUAAAAUAUAAAAAAAGGCAGGGGAUGUAUGUGGCUCAGUGGCUAACCGCCUCGGCUAUCACUGGUACCAAACAACAAUAACAACAACAACAACAAAAUAUAUGUUUUACUCUCAAAAGAUCUUAAUGGUCUUUCAUGGGUUAGUAUCAUACCUCACACGUUGUAGGCAGUAAUAUAUAGUAGUUAGGCUAAUAUAACUACUUACUAAAAAUGCAUCUUAACCUUGAAUAGAGUGUCAAUGGCUCCUUUGUGUAUAAGGGUAUGUAUAUUUCCAGUGAAACAAAUAUUUAAGAUGCUUCCAACAUAUCAAAAAUAUUUAAAAAUGCCAUUACUAUUUUACUCUUUAAACAUAAAGUUAUAUUGUGUGUGUGUGUGUAUAUAUAUAAAGUUAUUUAGCUUUUUCUCAUUAAAAUGUUCUUAUCGAUUAAGUUCUAGACUUUGGAAAUCACAAAAGCAAUUCAUAUCAUAACGUACCAAUCAUUAGUGAAAUUUGGCUUCCUUAGAUUCUUAGCUAAACGCAAUCAUGACAUUGCAAAUAUUUCCCUUUUGUAUAACAGUAGGAAUAAAUGCGGAGUCGUUGGGGAAAUCGAGAUUGUUUUGGAAAGCCAAAGGAAAAUGUCAAAGAAGGUCGGUAACCUGCACCCUGGAGUAAAUCCAUUCCAUACAGAGGCAGGCAGAAAUGAGUUUUUAAAUUCAGGAGCAGCCCCUUGCUGUUUCUCCCUCACCCGGACAGCCCUUGAAGGUAAAGAUGAAUUCAUUCGGUUCUACCUCUACGGCCCGGGGCAGCUUCUAUUUCCAAGUGGGCACCGGAACCUUCAGGAAUUCUACUGCCCCGGGGAGGACUGACCUCCGGGGUCUUCCGUUCGCCACUGAGCCUAGGCUGGCCUGCGGCGCCACCGCUGCCAGUUCACAGGUACAGGGCACGCGCACCCAGAAGCAGGAACGCCUCUACUAGCCGCGCCAGAACCCUAGUGCCUCAGCCGAGUCCCACUGCCAAGGCCCACGCCACUCCCGGAGCUGGAGCAGCAGCUGCGACCAUUGCUGCCUUUACCGGUUUGGAAGCGGCCAUGUUGAGUGUCUUGUGCCACCGCCUCAGAGACACCAGCUCCAGAAAGGAUUUUUAUUUGACAAAUCACCAAGAAUCUCCUUAUGAAAAUUCAAGAUUUCUCCAAAGUCUGUGGAAUACUGGCAGAAUGACUUAGGAACAGGACUUCAAUGUUUUGAAUCACCUUUAAAUGGAGAACAAAGAUGAUGAUGAUGAUGAUGAUGUAUCUUUUGCCAAAUGGAUGAGCAGCUUCUGGGGUCACAGCUGGAGAGAGGAGGAUGAGAGAGGACCCCGGGAACACCACCGACCACAAGACGCCAGUUACAGGAAAACCUCCCUGCCCUGCCCAUUUCCUAUGCUUCCUAGAAUGACAUCAUGUGACCACCAACCUCGAAGGCAUUCUCAUGAAGAUCAGGAAUUCAGAAACUGUGCUCACAUGCGAUAUUAUAGGAAAUGCUCAGUGGAUGGGUCACUCAAGGAGUCACUGGAAUCAAAAGGAAGCUCUCAUUCCAAAAUUCAGGAGUUUUCAGAGUCCUUUGAACAGCAACUGUGCUUUAAAACCAAACACUCUGUCUCUCUGGGACCUGAGAGCAGGAAGGAAAGAAAUGAGAGAGAAUGUCUGAGGAUGGAGGUAAGAUCCCGCAAGAAGGUGGAAGAAGGAAGGAGCUCAGCCAAGGAAGAACCCCGAGAGGUAUCCAUGGCCUCCCUGGUUGAAAAAGGGCCGGAAUAGUUCUUUAUUUCUAUGUCAUGAUGACAGGCGCCACUGGUUGUUUUGGGCCCAGUUCACCAUUCCAGGAGGGCAGAAUGGCAGCUGCAAAAGGGCAUCCCAGAUGCUGAGUGACAGAGGUGGGCGGUUGGAAUGAGGCUCCUCAAGACGACUUGCGUCACCCUCCAACUGCUUCUGGCAUCUUGCUGGAGUGUAAUCUGCUUUCUUGUCUUUUCAUGGGAAUAAAAGAAUAAA